AUGGACGCCUCUUCUCAAGAAGAUGAUGAGAAUGGCAUGGCUUUGAAUGGUAGUAAAAUACUUACAAAAAGAACAAGUCCCACCAAGGAGGUGGAUGACUUAAAUGUAGAGGUCUCUACGAAUGAGGAUGAGACUGAGAGCAUGGAGGACAUUCAAGAUGUUUAUAAUCAAUUAGAUGAAGAGUGCCUCAAAGAAAAGAAAAGGAUACUUUUACUGAGCAUGAGGCUCAAAAUGAAUGAAGAUUAUAAGAAAACACUCCAUGUGGACUUGCUGAUGUCCAAAGCUCAAGUUUGUGGGAUUGAGAAAGAAGAGAAGUCCUUGAAGGACAAGUUGAGCUUUCUUGAGUUGUUAUGGGGUUGUCGAGACAAAGAAAUGUCUUGA